UUGAAGCUUUAGGUCAUAGUUUUAGUUAUAUUGAAAUCUCACCUUUAGCAAAUUGACUGUACAUAACCUUGAAUUCAAGUGAUAACAGCUGAUUCUUACAUUAUUGUCAACACAGCACUUUUUAAAAAUAAAACCAAGUACAAAAUGACAAACGAGCAGCCAUGCAGUUCAAAAUCGCAACAAAUUAAUAAAGGAAAUCUUGAAAUUAAAGAAAAGCUGCGCGUUCUUUGUUUACAUGGUUAUCGGCAGAACGGCGAUGCCUUUAAGAGCAAGUUAGGUUCUUUUCGAAAGCAUGUUGGAAAGUAUGCCGACUUUGUAUUCAUUGCUGCGCCACAUCUCGCGGCAGCAUUGGAAAUGAGUCCUGAUAACACACAAGAAGACCAACGUAGUUGGUGGGCUAACAAAGACGAUGGUUCCUUUAAGGGUACAAAUAAGAAUGGUCCAGCAAUUGGUUUUCAACAAAGCUUGCGUUUAGUGGAAGAGACAUGGACUAAUCAGGGUCCUUUUCAAGGACUUUUAGGCUUCUCACAGGGUGCAUGCUUUGUGGGAUUAAUAUGUGGUUUAGCAAAAAAGAAAUUAACAUCUAUAAAGCCGGAAUUUGCCGUACUUUCAUCCGGAUUUCUUUCUGGUAGCCUUGUACAUAAAAGUGCCUAUGAAGAAUUGAUAUCUAUUCCAUCAUUACACAUAUUUGGCUCAACGGAUGAAAUUAUUCCAAAACAAAUGAGCGAAGAAUUAGCAAAGCAUUUUAAAAAUCCUGAAAUAUUAGUGCAUAAUGGCGGACAUUACUUCCCUGCGACAGCGCAACAGAAGCAGUCAUAUAUAUUUUUCUUCCAAGAUCGUCUGCAAGAGUAUUUAGAAAGUAUGGAGAUUCAAAAUGCAGCAAGUGUUAAUUUUAUUGAAAAUCAAGAAAUAGAUGCGGGAUCUAUCACCAGCAGUAACACUGAUAGCGUAUCAUAGCUGGUAGUUCCAAAAUCAUAAUUUAAGUAAGCUCAUUCUUUAUAAAAACAAUCCGUAGUUCGAAAUAACGAUUUACAAUACAAUAUUAAUAAACUGUAAACAUCGGAAUUGUGAGUUUGUUAAUUUAUUUAUUGCAUUAUAUUUUCACUUGAAUUUAGAUAAUGCUGUCGUCGCAUUAGCGUUGGUAGUUUAUUAAGGCAAUUGUUUUAAAUUACCUAUUUUUAUUUUGUCUUAAAAUGAGAAAUCUUAGUGAAAAUAAAAUUUUUAUGUCCUUAUACCGUAUAAUUAUUUUCUAAUCAUUUUUAUUUGUAGUAAAAUAAUUUAUUCCGCGGUUAAAAAAUAAAAUAAAAGAUAC